GACAAGUCAGCCCUAAUGACUCAGAACCUUGGAUAGCGUCCAAUUCAGGCUCGUUAAAGCGCACGGUGCCUAACAACCGAGAGCGGCUGGCACCGACCGUUUUUCGCGGCUAAAAUAACAAAACAAAAAACACAUGGCAAAUCUCCCAGCGAUUUCUUUAGCACUACUCGUCUUUGUGUACGUGUACCCCCGCUCGUGCGGAGUGCACGCGAGGUUGGCGGAGGACUGGCCUCCGGAAACGGUGGACACGGAAGAGCAGAAGAAGGAAUUGAUGGGCGUUCUUCACAACGUCCUGGAAGAUCUUCAGAAGAGGCAAACGGCCAUUUUGCGGAGGAGGUUCAGCCGCCUUCCCGGGUUUUGCAGACGACUGAGGAGGCGGAUAAUAACCAGAAUGUGCAACGUCGGCGACUUCUGCUCGGUGAAAAAGGGCGCGCGAUACGGCCAGCUCUGCCGCUGUCCACGCGGCUCCAAGUGCAAAUACUUCUUUCUCAAGCAUCACUGACCUCAGCUGCAACGCUGAACGAACUCUUUAAAACCACACUGCAGUACAGAUACUGUUCAGUUAAGAUCCACCGUCGAAUGUUGUUUCCUACUUUUUUUUUUUCUAACAGCAAAGUUCGUACCACAAACGUGUUUUACACAAGAAAAGGUCAUUAAAAAGGUCGUUUUAUCCCCUCUUGCACACCACGCAUGUAAGAAUAUAGAUUAUGAAUGUCAUUCAAUAAAUACACAACUCUCUGUGUGCAUCAAAAACAUACAUUAAAACUGAAACAUAUAUAUUUAAAAACUACAGAAAGUGAAUUUUAAAACAUCCUUAAAAACCAAAAAUCACAACUAGGUCACAGUACCAGACCAACAUUUGAAUAAACACACAAACACUCACCAAGGUGUAAGAUUAAGUCUUUCA